AUGUCCAGUUCAACACCAUCCAUGUCCUGCUCAGCACCUCUGGAGACCAUCUCAACAGACGCUUUUGACCGACAGGAUGCUCUAUCGCGGUGCCUCGACUUUUUUAAGGUCGCUCCAAAGCCAGAACAGCUUGAGGUGGUCGCUACUUUGGCACGAUGCCAGGACUGCAUUCUCAUUGCAGGUUGCGACUGGGGCAAAACGCCUGUCUACUUUCUCCCACUGAUACUCUGGCCUGACCGUGUCAUUUUUGUCAUAUCUCCGCUGAAAGCCCUGGCAGAACAGCAGCACCAAAAACUACACGCACUCGGUAUUCGCAGCGUCGCCAUCCUGGGGGAGACUGCCAUUACACCCGAUAUGUUCAAGAGUCUGAGCGACGGAGUGUAUAGAGCUGUUUUCAUCUCUCCUGAGCAUGCCCUCAGUAACGAUCGCAUAAAAAACCUCUGGAGACAGCCUGGUUGGAGGAAGCGACUCUUUGCCGUAGUGGUGGAUGAGGCGCAUUGCAUCAAUUCCAUGGGCGACCGCUUUCGUCAAGAGUACGGCAGUAUUGGAGACUUGCGUUGUAUGGUUCUCCACGAUACACCUUUUCUGGCAACAUCUGCAACACUCCCACCUCGAGUCCUAGAGAAUAUCAAAGAAAAUCUCCACUUUCGGCCGGAUACCUACACCAUCAACGUUGGCAACGAUCGACCUAAUAUCAAGUUCAUCGUCACAGAAUCUCAACAUCCUAUGGAUUCUUUCCGGGACCUCAAGUUUCUCAAGGAUUUCAGGAAGACGAUCGUUUAUUUCAACACUUGCUUGGAUGCGGAAAGCGCUCGCAGGUAUCUUGUGCGAGAGUUGGGUCUUGACUCAAGCAGGAUUGCGGUGUAUCACGCUAUCAAGUUGGAUGAUUUCAAGUCAGUGAUCCUCGAGAGAUUCAGGAACGACAAGGUCCUUCUAUUACUUGCCACGGAGGCUGCUGUUGGAAUGGUCGGUGACAUCAACAACAUUGUCCGUGUGGUUCAGUACAGAAGACCCCCAAGUAUCGUUUCCUUGAUCCAGCGUCUUGGCCGAGCGUCGCGCGACACGACUUUACAAUGUACAGGCCUUACUAUUGUUCCACAAUUUCCAUCUCGGGGGCCAGCCAAGGAUGCAGCCGACAAGGACCUCCUCGCGUUUCUUUACACCAAGACCUGUCGCCGUAAGGUCCUGGACGGCGUAUUUGGCAAUAAACAUCACGAAGAUGGCAAUGCCAAUUGUUGCGAUAACUGCCAUCCAGUGGAGAUCGUCCGCACGGGCCCGGAAGAAUAUGAGGAUGCGGAGGCCAAGGUUGUUGGCAAACGAGGUCCUCCUAGCACGGAAGAAGAUAAGGCUUUUGCCAGACGGGCAAUCGAAGAGUGGAGGACAGCUACGUGGAAGCGCGACUUUUCCUCCAGAGCCAUCUACAGACCUGACAGGAAGUCUUCCUCGUUUCUCAACACCCUCGGCCUCGACACAUCCGCAUACGACGCCUACACCUACGACGCUUACGCCUACACCUACGACAAUUACGCCUACACCUACGACAAUUACGCCCCCGCCUCACCAAAAGGUACCUCGCCAAAAGCCCAGUCUUCGGCAGAAACCACAGCUGUAUAA